AACCCGGGAGAAGCAGCGGGAGCGCGGCGGAGCGGCAGGAUGAGCAGACCCCUGAGGGAGAAGCUCCAGCGCCUGCAGUGCCACUUCACCUGGGACUUCGAAAUCAAGGACAAGGUGGACGUGACACACAUCCUUAAAACCCUGGCUCUCCGCCUGAAGCAUGCCCCGUGCCAUAACCAGGGCACCUAUCUCGCCCUGAAGGCCUAUCUGUGCCAUCUGGAGGGGUGCCCCAAAGAGGCCUUGGCCACCCUGUGUGAAGCAGAGGAGAUCUUGCGGAGGGACCAUCCGGGCACCUUCUCCCGCCAGAUCCUGGUGGCCUACGGGAACUAUGCCUGGAUUUACUACCACUUGACCGAUUAUGACCGGGUGGAGCUCUACCUGGGCAAGAUCCGAGCCAUCUGCCGGGACCUGUCCAGCCCCGAGCCCUACUCGGCCCCGAUCCCGGAAAUCUACGCCCAGCAGGGCUGGUCCCUCUUGGCCGUGGGCUUCCGCAACGGCGAGCUGGCCAGGCGGUGUUUCCAGAAGGCCCUGGAGCAGCAGGGGUCGAGCGAGGAGCUGCAGGAGGGCCUCGCCUUCUCCGCCUUUGCGGCCUGGACCCACUCUUGGGAUGAUGAGGUACAGGAAGAGGGCCAGAGGUUGUUGGAGGGGCUGAUCCGUAGCCAGCCCGAAAAUUACGAAGCCAAAGCAUACUUGGCGAGCAUUCUCCUUAGGAAAGACCGUGAAAGAGCAGAGCGCCUGGCCGAGGACGUGGUCCAGAACAGUCUCAACCCAGAAGUCCUGAGAGUUGCCAGCAAGGUUUUAAAGUUCCGCUCGCUCUCCUGCGCUAUUUCCGUCCUGAAGAAGGCCGUUGCCCUCCAAAGCGACUACCAUCUCCUGCACUUCGACCUGGGGAUCUGUUACACGACCCUCUUAGAGAAAGUGCCAGAGCUAGAGAGGGCGCAAAUCAGGGAGGACGCUGUCGAGAGCUUCAAACAGUCUCUGGAAGCCGAUCCUCCCUCCGUGUUCUCCCGGCUGAACUUGGCGAAGCUGUACGGAGGAAGGGCCCCGCAUUUCGAGGAAGAGGUCUACCUGGGCGUGAUGGAGGAGCUGCCCACGGCCAGCAAGAGGUGCCAGCAGGCCUUCUAUCGCCACUGGGGAGACUUCCUCCUGCACAGGAAGGGGCAGAGGCAGGAGGCGCUGAAGGCAUACGAGGCCGGCUGUGGCAUCCCCGGGGACCACCCUGUGGAGCAGCACCAUCUGGAGAAGAGCCUGCGGGGGCUGGCCAGGGUCUUUCAGCGCGAGGGGGAGACGGAGCAGGAGGAAGCUGUCUACAGCCUGCUGCGCGCAAUGGCAUGGAGGCGUCUGGGGGACGGGGUGGGGGUUGCUCCCAGUCGAAAGGAAGGCCGGGCGCCGGCCUCAUGGGGCCCUCUGCAGGAGCCAGCAGGGAAAGGGGGGGUCCCGCAGCUCUGA